CAGACUACAGAGCAGCUACCACCCAGGCGCCCAGGCCAGCCAGCCGAGAGCACCUCUGCCUCUGACUGAGAGCAUUGGGGCUUGGGAUUUCUCGAAGCCAUAAAAGAGCGAGCCCCAAAAAGAAGCCUACCAAGUACCACCAUUCCAGUCAAGUCCAGUCCAGCGAGGGGAAGAAGAAGAAGAAGAAGAAGAAGAAGAAGAAGAAGAAGAAGGGGAGGAGGGGGCGAGGAGCCAGAGCCAACCCAAACCUCUGAACACCCCCGCAAAUGGGUUCCUCGCGCGCCCUCGCUCUCUUCCUCCUCUGCGCUCUGCUGCCCGCGCCCCCCAUCUCAGUCUCAGCCGCAUUGCUGUUCGGCGGCGGCAAGUCGGCCAAGGCGGCGGGAGCCGACAUGGAGUGGCGGCCGGCGACCGCGACGUGGUACGGCGAGGCCGAGGGCGACGGCAGCGACGGCGGCGCGUGCGGGUACGGGACGCUGGUGGACGUGGUGCCGAUGAAGGCGCGGGUCGGGUCGGUGAGCCCCGUGCUGUUCAAGGACGGCGAGGGCUGCGGCGCCUGCUACAAGGUCAAGUGCCUGGACCGCGGCAUCUGCUCCCGCCGGGCCGUCACGGUGAUCGUCACGGACGAGUGCCCCGGCGGGCUCUGCGCCUUCGGCCGCACCCACUUCGACCUCAGCGGCGCCGCCUACAGCAGGAUGGCAGUCGCGGGCGCCGGCGGCCGCCUGCGUGACCGGGGCCAGCUGAACGUCGUGUACCGGAGGACGGCCUGCAAGUACGGCGGGAAGAACAUAGCGUUCCGUGUGAACGAGGGCUCGACUAACUUCUGGCUCUCGCUCCUCGUCGAGUUCGAGGACGGCGAAGGCGACAUCGGAUCCAUGCAGAUGAAGCAGGCCAACUCGGUGGAGUGGCUGGACAUGAGGCACGUGUGGGGGGCCACGUGGUGCCUGGUGCGGGGCCCGCUCGUGGGCCCCUUCUCCGUGAGGCUCACCACGCUGUCCGCCCGGAAGACGCUCACGGCCCGCGACGUCAUCCCCAGGAAUUGGACGCCCAAGGCCACCUACACCUCGCGCCUCAACUUCCAGCCGUCUCUCUAGGGAGGAGCCCCGCCGGAGACUGCCGGAGGGGAGAGGGGGCGCGGCGACCGGGGGCCCACGUUUUAUCGGCCCCGGACUCUGCCUUGUGGGCCCGCAAAGGCUGGUGGCCCACUUGGCAGGCAGCCAGGCAGGAGGAAUCCAGACUGUUUUUUUUUUUUUUUUUUUUGCUGUAGUGCAAGCAGCUUGGUUUUAUAUGAUUUUAUUUUAUCCUCGUAGCGUAGCUAGCUAGUGUGAGGUGAUUCAUGAUCAUCAUAGCAGGCAUCGGAGGACAUGCAUGCGUGAUGGCUGAUGAGUUGAGUCCGUUAGGGGGCCCAGAGUGUCAGGUACAGGCAGCCGCCCUCUCCAAAGGAGAGAGCUAGCGCUCGCUGCUUGCUCUCGGGCUCCAGCUCAAGCCCUUGGAGGCUCGGAAUCCGAUGUGGAAGCUGGUUGCGCCGUGAGGGUUUUGGAUCCCUCGUGGUGUCUGCUUCUGCUUCGCUCGUGUGUGGUGUGGCUGUGUUUUUGGCGUCGAUGUGUUUCCUGUCUUGUGUUUGCCCUGUUGAUGAAUGCAGGGUUCGUGACAAAAGUUGUUUAUCUGUCCACAA